GGCUGUGGCCCGGGGCGCGGUGGUGGCUGGCGUGGCGGCGGGGGCGGCACGCGGCCGGAGGCGAGCAGGAGCAUGGUAAGGAGGAGGAGCAGGGGCAGCCGGCGAGCAGCGCCGCGGGCGCCUCAAAUCUGCGCCGCCACCACCGCCACCUCCUCCUCGUGCUCGCCGCCGCUGCCACCUCCUCCUCCCCGCUGCAACGCUCCUCCUCCUCUUCCUCCUCCCCGCAACAGCGCGCCUCCGCCUCCCUGGCGCCCCGCCUGUCCCUCCCGGGCAACUCCCUCUCUCGACCAACCAGCGCCACCGCCCGUCCGUUCGCCCCCCUCCCUCCUCCUCCCGUCUCCGGCAGCUAGUAUGCGGCGCAGCGGCCGAGCUGGCAGCUGCGUGGUGGGCGGCGGCGAGGCCGGCGCCGGGCGGGCGGGCGGGCGGGCGAGCGGCGGUGCGCAGCCCCCAUGCCAGCGCUCCCCGACGACGGCCACGACGAAAGCAGGACCGCCGGAGCUCCUCCAAGCACAUCAACGGGAUGCGGUUUGGGCGAGGAGGAGUCCGCGUAGUGCCGGCGGGAGGAGGGCGGCGGUAUCAGCGAGGCAGCGAGGGAGGGCGACGAUGGUGAGCAGGGGGGAGAGAGGGUGCCGCGGGUUGGGCCUCGGCCGUCAGCGUCUCCAUGACGUGGUCCACCAGAGCCGAGGAGAGGGCGCUUGUCCGGGCGAUGGCGUCGGUGGCGAGCCUCUGCUCGAGGCGCAGCGCGGCGGCCUCCUGCUGCAUCACGGAGAGCAGGCCGACGAUGGCGUGCAUCGGCGUCGCCACAGCGUCGCGUGCCGCGCCGCGCGCGGCCGUUCCUCGCCCCAGUCGCGGCCUCGAGCUCGCUCCUCGCGCGCGCCAGCGCCCCGUGCUGCUGCGCCAGCUUGUGCCGGAGCAGCUACGAGCCUGCGACUCCUCCAGCACCGCAGCAUGGGAGAGCGCCACGGCAACCUGGUCGGCGACGGCCUGCACGACCUCCAGAUCCUGGUUGCUCCAAGUCCACGCCGCUGCAGAUGAAGAUGAUGAGUCGUCGUCGUCGUUGCCGCGACGAACCAGGACUAAGAUUGCGUAGCUCGCCGGCUCUGAUGCGCAGCUCCCUCCGUGGAAAUUUGGGAUCCGUGUGGCGGCCGCAGCUCCUGCCGCGCGGCAGGGCUCCACCGCUCGCCGCCUCAAACAGCGCGGAGCCUGGCCUGAGCACCCUGGCGUCCUUGCUGGCCAGAACGGCGGUCACCGGCCACGUCCGGGUGACGGACGGAAAUGGCGCGUGUCCCCACGUCGAGCACCUUGCCGCCUUGGUCCGGCAGCAGCUGGUGGGUCAGCUGGAGCACGCAGCCACAUUUGUUGACGAUGCUGUCGCUGCUAGCUUCUUGCCCCCUCUUCCCUCUUCGUCUUCUUCCAUGCAGCGUUUGUGACUUAGCUGCAUAAUAUUUCUGAGCACAUAUAUUGAUUAGCUCGAUUUGCCUUUUGAAUACAUGUCCAUGUCUUACGAUCUGAUUUAUUUCUUAUUUCAAUCUCGAUCUGAUAAGGGCCUCCUCAUUUUGCCUUCUUCCUUUUUCUCCUUAGCAAUUUUCCAAAGAUUUAUCCUCUUACCUCAUGUUUUCCACCAUUGGAGUUGCUGAUACAGCCCAACCUGAAUAGCGUGGCUGGAUUUUUUUUUUCCUCCGAUGCGGAUGGAAUUGAGAUUUGUAUGAUUCCAGUUUCAUGAAACUCAUCUAUUUUGUUGAGUCCUACAUUAAAAUUUGCUUGCCAAGUUUGCUGUAGUUCACAGUUCAAGGUAAGCAAGACAAACCACCUAUUCCAUAGUUGUACAUGUAAAUACAGUUGAGUUGCUUUUCUUUUUACCAUUACUUUUAAUCUUGGAACUGAAUUUAAUGUAUGUAUUUGCCAUAUAAGUAUAGCCACCUAUAUUUGUACGACCCUAGCGCAUGUUAUUCAAAUUCACAUGAUCCAAAAAUGAUUUUUCUUCAUGUUCGCAUUUCAAUCAAUAAGCAAGUACAGUUUUCUACUCCAUGUCCACACUAUAGCCAGUAUAUACUAAAGAUAGGAAGUGUAUAGAAGCUGGCGUCUUUAGUAUUCACUGAACCAAUUUUGUCAAGCUAAAAUAUCACAAACCUUCAUAGUACUCACUGAAGGGCGAAGGUCUAAAACUACCAGUUAAGCAAGAAACACAGGGUGUAGGCUCCAUUCUUAACCAAUAGAUGCAUUAUUCAAGUAAGCCUUUACCAGUGGAAGAGAACUUUAGUAAUGUUGCCCAGUUAUUUCUAUGCUGUACUUACUUUUUAAAGAUGCUCAAAAUCAGAGAUAAAAAUUGAUUCUUUUUGUAUCUAUAUAACUGCAGGUUAAGAAAAUGCUUUGUACUGUAAAAUGGAGCAAGGAUAUUGGAUUGUGCAUUCUUGUAUUUUGUUUGUUUAUGCUAGGAUAGAUAUAUGUUCAUUUAACUUCAUGACCUUUGUAGCCACCAAGGUAAAUCGACAAUCAGACUACCCUCUGUUUCUUUUGUCUGACUAUAUGUACAUCUUCUUAAUUCAAAAAAGUGCUUCUCCCUGACUUUUUCCUUUUACAGCAAGAAAUGACAUCAUCCCUGUGCCGGUUGCCUAAAUAAAUUGUCAACUAUCUUAAAAGUUUAAUUGUUGUAAUGCCUUCUAAUCGCCAACUUCCGUAUUGUACAAUUCCAGUGGAAUCCUGUGCCUACCAUUAGCCCAAGUGUUCAUGCUAGCUCUUAUAAUGAUCAUAGCCGGGCAAAAGACGUUGCUACUACUUUUCCUGACUGCUUUGUUAUUCAGUGUCCAAACUCGACUGUACUAAACCUUAUAUUUGGUUGUAUCUAAAUGUAUUAUCUGUUUGUCUGCCUUCAUAAUUAUAGCUUUGUUAUUCUACAACCCUACGGUCACAACAAUAUAAGAAAGACAAUGCCUGAUAGCUGUUGCUGCUAAUCUAAAUUCGGUUUAACAUUCUUUCUCCGAUGUUCAUUCUGUUUAUUUUAUCUUGCAGAAGGAUGGCUAUUCUGCACUCUAACUUGGGCACCUGAUCAAUGGAUGAAACAAUACGAAAAAAACAACAUGGUUACCAAUGGACGAAACAAUGCGAUAAAACAACAUGCCAUAUCCUAAAUUUACAUUUUAAGGUGCCAACUAUUCUGUAUUCUCUUCAUUUAUGACUAUCAGGAAAGCACAAUGCUUCUCACACAAUCAAAUCUACUUUCGAAUGCCAAUGAGUGAAACAAAGCAAGAAAACAAAAGGCGAUACAAGAAAAUUAGGUCUUGCAAUCAAGUACUUAUUCAUACAGGUGUGCCUAAUGAUCUGAAGUUUCCUCUGCCAACUCUGAGUUGCAAAAUCAUUCACAAGGUUGAGGAAAAUGGUCAUCUUUUGAAGAUGUUGGGGAUGCCCACCACCGGUCGUUUGCUGUUGGAUUCAGUUGUUUCUAUCAAUGUUAAUACUCUUCGAUGUAAAUUAUUAGUGUCGUAUUAGCUCCUGGAGGAUCACUACGCCAGUGAGAAACCUGAUGUUAAUGUUCGCACGUGCCGAACAAUUAAUGUUCUCCAAAAUCACUUUAGCAUAAAGACAUCCUAUCUCACCGUGUUGUAAACUGUACUAAGAAACUACCACUUAGCUAACUAUUUAAUGCUAAUGUCGCUCUUUUUUGCAACUGAA